AUGUCCCUAGAGCCACUGAAGUUCCAGGCGGUGGGCGAGGAGGAGGAGGAGGAGGAGGAGGAGGGGAGCUUAGACUCUGUGAAGGCACUGACAGCCAAGCUUCAGCUGCAGACCCGACGACCCUCAUAUCUGGAGUGGACCGCCAGGGUCCAGAACCCCACCUGGGGCAGAGUCCAAGUCAGACCUGAGCCGGGGAGACCUGGAGCCAUCUGUGGCUUUGACUCCAUGGAUUCUGCGCUUGAAUGGCUCAGAAGGGAGCUGCAGGAGAUGCGUGCUCAGGACCGGCAGCUGGCGGGGCAACUGCUGAGGCUGCGUGCCCAGCUGCACCGACUCAAAGUGGACCAAGCCUGUCACCUGCACCAGGAGCUGCUGGAUGAGGCGGAGCUGGAGUUGGAGCUGGAGUCUGGGACUGGUCUGGCUCUGGCCCCGCCACUGCGGCAUCUGGGACUCACCCGCAUGAACAUCAGUGCCAGGCGAUUCACCCUCUGCUGAGGGCACUCGGGUGUCCCCUGGACUAUCUGGGAAGAAGGAAGGAAGAGGUGCCCCAGGCUCCGGCUCCUGCAAGGGUGGGGGUGGGCGCGCACACAGGUUUCUGAAAGUUGAAUUCAGAGAGCACAAAGCCCCAGAGUGAGGGGAAGAGAGGGAGUUCAGGCCGCAAAUAUGUUAAUUAAAAAACCGCUGCAUCCCACCAAAGUUUCUGCAGUCCCUCACUGAAGCUGAGGGUGGUUGUUGCCUGUCUACCACAUGACACUGGGACUGGGGACUCCACAACAGGAGACAAGACUGCUGAAGGUGGAUGGCACCCAGUCUCCCCAACAUCUCCAGAUCUAUUUCUCCACCUUAUCAAAUCAGAAGGGAGGGUUAAAUAAAGAUUUAUUGUAUUUUGUUUGUUUUGUGUGUGAGCAUGCCGGGAGAAGAGGUUAUUGGAUGAGCUGGAGCUGGAGUUAUAGGCUGUCGUGAGCUGCCUGA